UUAUUACCGGAUAUGAAUAUAUUAAUUAAUAUAUCCUAACAAAAUAGUUAAUUUAAAAAUUUGAAAAAUGUAAAACGAACUCAUUUGGCUUGCGAAACCUCCUCGUGGGUGGGUUUUUAAACAAACUAGAACGCCUGAAUGCACUCCAAUUACAGACAGCUUCAGCGAGUAAACAUUGAAGUCUCGUAUGUUCGGGAUCGGAACAGAAACCAUUUGAGUAUACAGCUGAAUCGCGUCCUUCCAAUUGUUUGAAAAUACCACAUUUCAUGGUUUAGCUGUUGUUAGUAUGACGAAUACAAUCUCCUUCUGGGUAAGACCCCAAUACACGCCAAUGUAUAUGUCGCGGCACCAACAGUUAUCUCCCUAUGAACACAAAGAAAGUCCGAGAGUCGAAUUAUCAGGCUCCGUGUAAAAUGGACGCUGAUCACGGCACUCUGGAUGUGUCACCCCCUGCACCCUCAGACAUCCAGAGCUUGACCUCUAUUGAUGGAGCGUCUGAUGUUGUGGAGCUCGAUUCCCGGAUGGUGGCGUUGGAUCCGUACAACAUGAUAGAGCCUCCUCCAUUAGACUGGAAUUCCAAUUCCUCCACUGAAGCAGGCUCAACAGAAGAACUGAAUGACGCCAGCUUCCUCUCUCCUCCUGGCUCAGGUGACCUAGACGUGAACGGCACCGUGGCUUCGCCUGACGUGCACCAGCAGGAGCGUGAGGCAAAAAACACAGAGUUGAAAAAGGAGAGUGAAGUGGAGGAAGAUGAAGAUAACCAUGAGCUGACAACAUAUGAUAAUGAUGCAGAUGUGGAGGAUGAGGAAGCUAACAAAAUCCAAGGCGAUGAAGACCACACCCGUAUCCAAACCUUGCUCUGCCAACUUCAAAUGAUGGGGAAAGAAGCUCAUCCUCACCCCAGAACACCACCCUGCUCAGAUGAGCAUCCACACUCGGGGCUCUGUGAUCUUGAGGCAUGUUCUUCAUUAUCAACCUUAUCGGAAGACAGCACUGAAGCCACUGGGUUGUUGUUUUCUGAAAGCCACCAGAGAGAUGUGUUGGGACUUCUGCAGUGCACAGACAUCAGCGCUACACCCCAUCCCAGUUGCCACCGCCUCACAGGGGAAAUGGAUUCUGUAGUGUCCGUUUCCUACACCCGGGAAGAUGCCCAGAGUUUCUGGGGGCUGUAUGGAAAUGGUCAACAGCAGCAAUACAGGGAAGACUGUGUCAAAUUGCUGCCAGACAGUGGCGGUCCUGAGCCGGUGUGGGUGAAACUGGAGGAGGAGGCUCCAGGGGAAGAAGCUGCUGCAGAGAGCGAGCAGAAUGCUGAUGAUUAUCCUUCAUACAAAGAUGUACCUGGUCCAUGUGACCCUGAAGACCUCUUAGAUGGAGUCAUAUUUGGUGCCAAGUACCUGGGCUCCACGCAGCUCAAAUCUGAGAAGAACCCAUCUACUAAUGCCCGUAUGGCACAGGCUCAGGAGGCGGUGGACCGUAUUAAGGCUCCGGAAGGGGAAACCCAGCCAAUGACUGAGGUGGAUCUGUUUGUUUCCACUCAGAGGAUCAAAGUUCUCGCUGCUGUUACACAGGAGGCCAUGAUGGAUCACUCUUUGCAGAUGAUUUCUUACAUCGCAGAUAUUGGUGAUAUCGUGGUCCUGAUGGCACGCAGGAAGCGUAAAGGCCAUGAAACUGCCUCGUCCUCAUCCUCCCCCCCCUCCUCCUCCAAACCUCAGAAGUACUUAAUGAUCUGCCACGUCUUCUCUUCUGUGGAUGCUCAGAUCAUAGCUCAGGCUAUUGGCCAGGCAUUCGGAGUGGCCUACCAGCAGUUCCUUCAAGCCAGUGGAAUCAAGGCCAGCGAUCUGCGGCCUGGCGAGUACAGCGACUACCUGGAAAGUCAGGAGCUCUACAAUGGAGACCUGGCCCACUUCUCUGACUCCCAGAACAUCAGAGAGGUUGCAAUCACCAAGGCUCCAGGGGAAAUUUUGGGUUUGGCAGUGGUGGAAUCAGGCUGGGGUUCUAUCGUUCCCACAGUGAUGGUGGCCAACCUCCUUCAUGGAGGUCCUGCUGAGCGCUGUGGCGAGCUCAGUAUCGGUGAUCGCAUCAUGUCCGUCAAUGGCACCAGCAUGGUGGGCCUGCCCAUCACUACCUGCCAAAAUAUAAUCCAGGACUUGAAAAGCCAGAAGUAUGUUAAGCUCAGCAUUGUCCACUGCCCUCCUGUCACCAUGGCCAUUAUCAGGAGACCAGAUCCCAAGUAUCAGCUAGGCUUCAGUGUGGAGGACGGCAUUAUCUGCAGUCUAAUGCGAGGUGGUAUAGCAGAAAGAGGAGGCAUCCGAGUUGGACACCGCAUCAUUGAAAUCAAUGGACAGAGCGUUGUCGCCACACCACACGAUAAGAUCAUUCAGAUCCUUACUAAUGCAGUAGGAGAGAUUCACUUGAAGACCAUGCCGUCCUCAACAUAUCGGCUCCUAACUGGACAAGAGCAGCCAGUGUUUCUUUGACAAAUACAUUUGAUCAGUGUUAUAAGAUCAACAAACAUUUGCCAAACUAGCAAAUUUGCAACUACAGCAUUUCCACCUCAAACAAAACUGAGCACAAUAGUUAUUUUUAGAAAGCAAGUUUGAGUAUUGUAAAAACACUGAGAUGGUUUUAUAUUGCUUAGUUUAUGAUGAUCAGAUAUGCAACAAUGCCAUAAGUAGCUGAGAUGCAGUAAUUUAUACUGUAGGUGCAAUGUUUGACACUUCAUGGAUUUACAUAAUGAUGAACAUUUAUAAGCAUAUUGUCUCUAAUGCGUCUAGUGUUUCCUGUGUGCCUGACAUGAAAAUGCGCAGAAAAAAAUAAGACCUAUAUUUUUAAAUUAAAUGUUCAUUAAACAGACAUGUAGCAUA